AUCGGAGAGAGCGCGAUUAUUCUCGUUAAAGCGGCGUGCGAGUGAUGGUGACUAGUUGUUCGUCACGCUAAAUUUGUAAAAUAAUAAAAGAAGUAAAAUUGAAAAGUAUUUAUAAUUUGCAAUAAUAAGCAUAAAAUUAUUUAAAAAAUUGUGCAAACAAAUUAACAAGUGUGUAAUUAUAUUUAAUAUUGUGUAAUUUGCUGAUUACUACACUCAACUUAGCGCAUAUUUUGCAUUUCCUGUUCUCGAAGCAUAAAAGAAUAUUUGCUGCAAGCAAAAGGAAUUUGUGUGGAAUUAAGUGAAAAAUAUAAUAAAAAUAUAUAAAAUGAUAAGUUCAAUGAAAGUUUGUUGCAUUGGCGCUGGCUAUGUUGGUGGUCCAACUUGCUCAGUAAUGGCGCUGAAAUGCCCAGACAUAACAGUUACCGUAGUCGACAAAAGUUGUGAACGCAUUGCACAGUGGAAUUCCGACAAAUUACCUAUUUAUGAGCCUGGCUUAGACGAGGUCGUUAAAAAAUGUCGAAAUGUUAACCUAUUCUUCUCGACAGAUAUUGACACUGCCAUAAAAGAAGCCGAUUUAAUAUUCAUUUCCGUAAAUACACCCACAAAAACAUUUGGCAAUGGAAAAGGACGUGCUGCUGAUUUAAAGUAUGUGGAAAGUGCCGCACGAAUGAUUGCUGAAGUGGCACAAUCCAACAAAAUCGUCGUGGAAAAGAGUACUGUGCCUGUGCGUGCUGCAGAAAGCAUAAUGCACAUUCUGCGUGCCAAUCAGAAGCCAGGCAUACACUAUGACAUACUCUCAAAUCCUGAAUUUUUAGCAGAAGGCACAGCAAUUGAAGACUUACUUAAUGCAGAUCGAGUACUUAUCGGCGGCGAAGAAACUCCAGAAGGACAUAAAGCAGUAGAGAAACUUUCUUGGAUCUAUCAACAUUGGAUACCGAAAUCUAAUAUAUUAACUACAAAUACCUGGAGUUCAGAACUAUCGAAAUUAGCUGCGAAUGCUUUCUUAGCACAACGUAUUUCUAGCAUUAAUUCCCUAUCGGCAGUGUGUGAAGCGACUGGUGCCGAUGUAGCUGAGGUUGCACGUGCUAUUGGCUUAGAUUCCCGUAUUGGUUCGAAAUUCUUACAAGCAUCUGUUGGAUUUGGUGGCAGUUGCUUUCAGAAAGAUAUAUUGAAUUUAGUAUAUAUAUGUGAAGGGUUAAACCUGCCAGAGGUGGCUGCUUAUUGGCAACAAGUUAUUGAUAUGAAUGAAUAUCAGAAAUCUCGCUUCUCACAGAAAAUUAUUGAAAGUCUUUUCAACACAGUAUCUGAUAAGCGUAUAUCCAUAUUUGGUUUCGCGUUCAAAAAGAAUACUGGUGAUACACGUGAAACACCAGCUAUAACAGUAUGUAAGACACUACUUGAGGAAGGUGCUAAGUUGGACAUAUAUGAUCCUAAAGUGGAACCAGAACAAAUUAUUGAUGAUCUUACGCAUCCGUGCGUAACCGAAUCACCUGAAAAUGUUAAAAAAGCUGUUCAAAUACAUAGCGAUCCCUACAGCGCCAUACGUGGAACUCACGCAAUCGUUUUGUGUACAGAGUGGGAUGAAUUUGUGAAUUUGGAUUAUAAACGAAUUUACCAAUCAAUGAUGAAACCAGCAUAUAUAUUCGAUGGUCGCAAAAUUCUUGAUCAUGAACGUUUGCUGCAAAUUGGUUUUCAUGUACAGACUAUUGGUAAGAAAUACCAACGUACUGGCUUGAUGCGAUCAUGGGGAAGUGUACCACAACUAUAGAAUUUUAGAAGAUAUAAAUAUCGAGAGUUUUAGUGUAAAUACUUUUCAGGAACAAAUACGAAUUCUUCUAUGAUUUCAAACUUCUAAACAAAAUAUGGAAAAACAAUCACGUUUCACGUUUAAAAUAUUUAUAUUUUUAUUGACAUUGCCACUUAGAAGUAUAAAUUUAUAUUUAUUGCAUUUAUAAAUACGAUAUAUGUAUGUAGAUUUCUUAUAAUAUUCAUUAUUGUUAUGAUGUGACAUUAUCUAUCAUUUUAUUAUCAAUUUUGUACUGCAAUUGACGUUAAUGUGUCUUCCUUGUGGCAAAGAAAAUUAUACUUAAUCUUAUUUAAUGUGUUCAGUCGUUUUUGACGGCUGGUGUUGGGUUGAAGUAUUCUUUCCUUACUGGAUCUAUGAAACGUAUUUGUUUGAAGUUAUUAUAAUAUCAAACUAUUAUCAAUUGAAUUAUUAUAAAGUAAAACAAAUUAAUUUAAUUUAAAAAAAUAGAUUGAUAUUGCAAAAGGCCUUCAAAAUGUAUUAUGAUGUUUGAACUUGUACUUUAGCAAGACUUUUUAAAGAGUAUCAAACUAAAUUACUCAUCAAAUAAGUUGAUGGAUAAACAUCAACAUUUUUACUCAGAGAUAUCUAUGACCCUUAUGUAUAAUCAACGUACACUAUUCUUAUCCUGUGAGUACAGUUCCCCAUAUCCCUUUUCAUCUACUAUGUCUAUUAUAAUUUAUAUAUAUAAUACUCUCUCUAAGCACUCUCUCUUCAUAGGAUUCAUAAUAAAUAUUUAAUUUAAAUUAAUAUAUGACGAUGUCAUUGACCUCGUACUUAAGUUUUAUAAAAAAAAAAAACAAAGCAAAAUUCCCAAUAAUUACAUCAUGAGUUAUUACAUAUUAUGCAUAUAAACAGAUGUUUCUUUGCUGAUCUAGGUCAAUUAUAUUCUUUAAAUAAAAUCAGUUUAGUUGUUUAUAUAUCGAAAUUUAUUUUGUUUUUAUUUUGAUUUUUUUAAUGGUUAUUUUCUUUGUAUUGUCAGGUUCAUAAACGCAAUUGCAGUGCACAUUAAAUACUUUAUUAUUGACUUAAAAAUAUUUAAUUGAAAAAACCAAAUCUAAAAUCUUGUUCUAAGUAUAUUCAUAUCUGCUAACAGUAUUUAUAGCUAUCGUGUAUUAAACUAUAUUUAAAAAUUAUUUAAGUAGUUCUACUCAAAUGAACUCGCAUUUUUAGUCUAAAAAGCUUCCCGUUCAAAACGUUAAGCAUUUGUUAUUUUGAAAAAAACUGUGCAUAUCGCCAUAACAAAACAAUUAUAUUAUUUAAUUUCUAUUAUAAUUUUGUUAUUGUAAACAAUAAUUAAAUACUUUCCUAAAAAUAAUGUUCAAAACUAUCACUACAUAGUCAUACAAAAAUUUGUAAAUUAAUAAAAAUACACUUUAUAU